AUGAUUGAAGAAGACGGGGCAAUUUUCCAGAUUUUUUGGUCAAUUUGGAAGGCAAGGAAUGUCUUCGUUUUCAGGGGGAAAAUUCCAAUUCCAGAAGAAGUUAUUGAGCAAGCAAGUAGAGGUAAUUCAGAUUAUCUCAGUGCGGUUUUAUCCAAAAAUCCAAUGGUCCCGAGGGGGGUUUCUCAGGUGGAACGGUGGGUUUCCCCACCUCCAUCUUCUCUUAAUUGCGAUGGAGCGCAUAAUUCCUCUUGCAGCCUAGUUGCCUUUGGCGUUGUUGUCAGAGAUCACAGUGGAUCUGCUCAGGUUUGGCGGUAUGGUCAAGUAAAGGUGUCUUCUGCUCUUGCUAUCGAGGCAUGGGCUUUGAGAAUUGCUUGUGGCUUGGCAAUGGAAUAUAACUUCCCUUCUGUUAUUUUGGAAUCGGACUGUAAAAUCCUUAUUGAGAUGAUUUCUGGGUCAAGCUCUCUAGGCUGCUGGGAGAUUCAGGCAAUUGUGGAAGACAUAAAAUCGUGGGCAAGGGAUAGGCAGUGGCCUUUUGUUUGCGGCAAUCGCUCGAAGAACAAGGCGGCUCAUUGGAUUGCUACUAGUUGUCUAGAUAGGAAAAUUACUUCAAGUACAGGUUGUAUUCCGCCCGAGUUAGAUUCUAUCUUACGUAAGGACUCUCGUUAA